CGACACCGCGCGAGGAGGAUCGAACAUCGAACGCGAACGUUAACGCUCUAACGGCGCGGCGCGGGCGGCUAUCGCGUGAGUCAUCGUUGAGAUCGCCGUUAAGAGAAUACCACCGAUAUACUCCCGUCCCGUUAUCCCGUGAAUCGAGAGGAUGGACCCGCGGAUCCAGGAUACUCUCAACGACGUCCUUCUCAAGAGGGAUCACGAUUCGGUCGACGAUUUCGAGCAUCUCGGCCACGACGGCUCUCCGGACGACCGUCCGGAGCAGCAGCAGCAGCCGUCACCAACGCUACCCCGACCGAUUGACGCGUUACCACGUGUCGACGAUCUGCUGCACAUCGGCGAUUCCUUUAAUCAGCCGCUAGACUCCGCGCUGCUGCCCAGCGCGCUGCUUCUCGAAACCGAAGCGAAGCCCGUGCCGGCGACACCGCCGCCUUCCGCGGACUUUGACAAAUGCGCGGCCAUGGCGCAGUCGUCGGAUCCGUUCCAGCAUCCGCUGGACCUGGUCGAUCCUAAAUUGGCCAGCAUGACCUUCGUCGAAACCGAGCGGACCUAUCGUCAUCACCUCGACGAUAACGAGAGGGAGGAAGAGAAGGAGGAGGACAAUGACGACGACGACGACGACGACGACGACGACUACAACGAGGAGGAAGAGGUACGUCUUCAGCCGCCGUUGUUACCGACCUCGACCGCGACCACCAUUCAGGCUGCGAGCGACCUUCUACUGUCGUCACCGUUGUCGAACGUGAAAGCUGUCAACAGCAGCGAGAUCCAACCGAUCGAGAAACGCGGCGGCGGUGGCGACGACGACAACGACGACUCCGCGGCACUGUUUACCGAUUAUGGAAAACGACACGAGCGCGACGUGUUGUUUACUCCGCGGGACAGCACCAAUGUCGACGAGGACCCGAGGAUGCGAAACAUCGGAUCGUCGACACUACCGGCGCCAGACAAAUCCCCGCUGAUAGAUUUUCUCGGCGAUGACAGCGAGUCGUCGUUAAGGGAGGACAAGGUUAAGAAUCUCGAGUCUACCGACCAUGACUCAUGGAACGUGGUAGAGAGAGCGGAGCUAAAACGAGAAAAAGAACAGGCGACGAAGGUAUUUGAGCCACCGACGAAACCGCUACCUCCGUUACCCAAGGAGGCGCAGCUCCCCAAGGAGCUGAGAGCACGCCAGGACGCGUACGAAAUGUCGUCGUCGUCGUCACCGUCUGUGCCGCCGAUUGUCGAUUCCAAGCACGAGAGUGUUGUUAAACGGCGCGAAAUAUCGAAACCUAAAGAAAUCGAUCGCGUCCCCUCCCGUCCGACGGUCGGCAAGAAGAAACAGGAAAUCGAGAUCGCACCAAAGGAAAUAUUCAGAGAUAUGGGAUUAGAUGCAUGGUUUAACCCUGAAAGACUGAAUCCAAAAGUGGCAGCUCUGAUAUAUUGGCGCGAUCCGAAAAAAUCAGGUAUCGUGUUCGGCACGAUACUAGGUGUGCUCCUGUCAUUGGCCUAUUUCAGUCUGAUCAGCGUGUUGGCUUACAUGUCUCUUCUUGUCCUUAGCGGAACUAUUCUUUUCCGUAUUUAUAAAACAGUUCUUCAAGCAGUCCAAAAGACUUCGGACGGCCAUCCGUUCAAGGAUAUUCUUGAUCUCGAUCUGGCAUUACCAGCUGAGAAAGUGCACGAAGUCGCAGAUGUUGCAGUUGCACACGCUAAUGCUGCUGUUGGUGAACUGCGCAGACUUUUCCUCGUUGAAGAUUUUGUUGAUUCUCUCAAGUUUGGCGUUUUACUAUGGUGUCUGACUUACGUAGGUUCUUGGUUCAAUGGCAUGACUCUCAUUAUAAUCGGAGUGGUUGCUCUUUUUACGCUGCCUAAGGUUUAUGAAACGAAUCAAGAGCAGAUCGAUCAAAAUCUAGCCUUAGUGCAGGCAAAGAUCAACGAAAUUACCGCCAAAGUGAAGGCAGCAAUUCCUCUUGGUAAGAAGGCCGAACCAGCUAAGGAGGAAUAAGAGAGAAUCAUGCGUGGUGAUAGUGCAACGGACAACCAAGACAGCAAAAUAUAGAAAAGAUUAAGUUAGAAGCAAGAAGCAAGAGAAACAUGGAAAAUGAGAACGCGUGCGAACAGACCAAUACACGACUAGGAGAAAACUUGCAUUAUUCAUCAAGAAAUGAGCCCAGAAAUGGAAAAUAAGAGAUUAUUAGCAAUAUCUUUGCGAACUUGACAUCGUAUUUCUACAGAAGAAAGAUAAUUUUUCGAGGCAUAAACGGUCGGCAAAGUCAACCAAAUGGCGCACGCGUACAUCGACAUUCUAAUUACGAGAACAAUCCUUAUCGGGAAAGUAAACACUAUGAGAAAAAAAAGAAAAAAAUAAGAACAA